GGUGUAGUAGUGAAGGGGAAAGGCCUAGCUUAGAUAUCUCCUUCAGCUCUGUGACUGCACAGGGUUGUGCUUGUUUAUAGGGACUACAAUUCAUGCCCAACAGUGUAACCAUAAGGCAGGGUGUAAGGUUGGAAAGCACUGCACAAUCUCAUCUGUGGAGCAAGACCUCAAGCCCACAAGGUUUGCAGAUAUAAUUAGAGGAGCCUCUCCCCUACUCUGGGCUUGGGGCAGCAGCCUAAAUCCUGCUUGGCUUCAAUCACAAGACAAAUACAGAAGCAUUUUACCCUCAGGGAAGAAGAGAACCUUAGACCCCUGGCCUUAGCUAGCACCUUGUCAGUGAAAGAAGUUUGGCCUUUGAUUCACUAAAUAAGGGCACUUGCAGGAACAAAGAGGAAGGUCAGAAAACCAAGACUAGAAAUGAAAGACAAAGGUCAGAAAAGAGAAUGAUCACAUGAGAGGCGAAGGCGGAGCUACUAGGCAGCGUUAGUAUCUAGGCAGGAAGAAAUCAGAGGAAACUGCCCUGAGGAGAGAGACUGAGAGAGAAAGAAAGCUGUGCUAAGAGAAACUAUACCACACUGAAACUACAUCAAGCUUCAAUAUCCUCAGCUGGCUCCCAGGAAGCAGCACCACCAUGGAACACAACAACAAUGGAACAGAUGUCACUACCGGCUUCAUCUCCUCAGCUAUAGCUGUUGUCUUAUUUGGGUCCAACUUUGUUCCAGUUAAAAAAAUUGACACUGGUGAUGGAAUGUUUCUUCAAUGGAUUCUCUGUGCUGCCAUAUGGACAGUUUCCUUAGUGGUCAAUCUGUUACUCCAUUGUCCAAAGUUCUGGCCUCUCGCAAUGCUUGGGGGUUGUGUCUGGGCCACAGGUAACAUCACUGUCGUCCCUAUUGUUAAAACAAUUGGUUUAGGCCUUGGACUUCUAAUCUGGGGAUCAUUUAACUCGCUAACAGGCUGGGCAAGCUCAAGGUUUGGAUGGUUUGGAAUGGAUCCUGAAGACGUAUCAAGGCCCCUGCUAAAUUACAUUGGAGCUGGACUUUCAGUGAUAAGUGCUGUCAUAUUCUUGUUUGUAAAAAGUGAAGUACCAAGUUCGACAAGUUCCUUGGACACCACACCAUUACUAACUGAACGCGCAAUCAACUGCACUCAGACUGAUGGCCUGGAUUGUUUAUGGACCAACAAUCUUUCUCAAUUACAAAACAGAAUAUUAGGCUGUGUCCUGGCAGUUACAUCUGGAAUACUCUAUGGAUGCAGUUUUGUUCCAAUAAUUUAUAUCAAGGACCAUGGCAAAAGGAAUGACAGCAUAUAUGCAGGGUCUAGUCAAUAUGAUUUGGAUUAUGUCUUUGCACACUUCAGUGGUAUCUUUGUUACAAGCACUCUCUAUUUCCUGGCCUACUGCAUGAUCAUGAAAAAUAAUCCCAAAGUUUAUCCUCAAGCAAUAUUACCAGGGUUUUUUUCUGGAGUACUUUGGGCAAUAGCUAGUUGCUGCUGGUUCAUAGCUAAUCAUUCUCUAAGUGCUGUGGUCAGUUUUCCAAUAAUCACUGCAGGACCAGGACUUAUAGCUGCAAUGUGGGGUAUCUUUGUAUUUAAGGAAAUAAAGAAAGACCACAAGUGAUAUCGGCGGUCACCAAAUGCCAUACAACAAAGUCCUAAUCAAGCCAGCCUCAUUGCAACUCUACUUGUGGCCCUACAUAGUUGUAUUCCUCUAUUUUUUAAAAAGAGUAAUGUCCGCUAGACUAUUAAUCCACUUUAAUCUAUUUUGCUGUGUAAUUGGUGUCAGAAAUUGUUUUAAAAUAUUAUGGGAUCUUAAAGAGUUAUUACUGAACUUUCAACAAAGUUUUAUCAACUUAGAAGUGAUGGGACAAAUAACUUUAAAAUGGAUUUUGGUAAUUUAAAAAUAAUUCUUUCCCACAAUUCUAGAUUGAGGUUUGAAUAUAAUUUUAGAAAUAAUCUGUGCCAAUGGAAGGGAGAGGUAUUCAUAGUUCAAAUGGCAGAUGAUCUCUUAUUUCUGUGUGUGUGUGUGUGUGUGUGUGUGUGUGUGAUUGUGUGUGUGUGUGUGUAAAACUUCAGAACCUGGUAGGGGAAUAUGAAUGACAACUAUGUAUUUUACUCACAUUUUUUUUCUUACUCUACUCUUCAAUGCUCCCUCUGGUGGAAAAUGAAAAUAUUACUUGACAAACUAACGAAUUUGGAGUCAAUGUCACUUUCUCUAUAAACUUCUGUAUUUGUGGUUCAUAUUUUUAAUAGUUUAGAGGAGCUACUCAAGUGUUUUGAUUUAAAAGAUUUCCUAAUCCAAUUCUUUGAGAGAUGAAAAAUGAGUAAAGGAGGUAUUUUUGUUUAAAAAAUAAAUUUAAAUAAUCAAAGUAAAUGAUUGGGUCAACAAAAAUUUGAAAGCAUGAUUUUUCAGAAAAUAGAUAAUAAUCAAAAUAUUUCCAUAACAAAUAGCCAAAAGAGAUAUUUUAAUGUUUCCAAAAUACUGAAGUCCUUUUGAAAAAUAAAAUGAAAUUGCAUUCUACAAAAUAUAUUCAUGAUUACACAUAUUGUAAAUCUUAAACAAAAUAGACAUUUUUAAAAAUAAGAUAAAAUUAUAUUUGAUCCUACAGUCAAUAAGGAGCCCUUGGAGUUUAUUGAGUAAAGCACUGACAUAUUCAGACUUAUAUUGUAUAUAACACUAAGAAAGUCUCAUGCAUCAGGUGUGUCAACAUUGGCCCACAAAAUGUACUCUAUAGCCCAAAUGCUUCCUAAACCAGAUGAAAAGUCAUCGGGAAAUGUUUAACAAAAUAAAAAUACAGCACAAUACAGAUGAUGGUAAUUUGUGCUCUUUUGUCGAUAUGCUACCUUCAGAGAUCUUUUUGUAUUUGAGUUUGACAUCACUGCAUUAGAUGAUACCUAAAGCUGCCAGAGUUCUUCCUUGAGAGUAUACCAAGAUCUGGGCAAUGA